AUGUACAAACCAAACUCCCUAUGGACGUGGUCCUUUGCCAUCGUCAGCUUCGUCCAGACCAUCAUCACCCUGGCUCUAGAAUGUUAUAUAUUUGCCAACUUCCAGCUCCAAAUCUAUCCCAAGGCCAACGCCGUCACCUCCUCCAAAACCGUCCCCACCUUCCUGGCCCUCUACAGUUUCGGUUUCAUCUACGAGCUGGUGCUCGUCUACGAUGCCCUCCGACUGAAAAACACCAUCCAGGUCAUCGGAAUCUGUCUGUGCAAUCUCGGUCUUCUGAUCUAUGGAGCCGUGCAGGUCCAGCAGAUCAAGGAUGCCGUCGCCAACUUGACCGUCAACAGUGCCAUCAAUCCCGACGUGUGGGGGGAGACUGAGCCCUUCCUGAUCAUCAUUCCCAUCGUGGUCGCCAUGGGCACCUUGCUGAUGAUGAUCGUGGCCUGGAAGCUGUACGAUGAGUUUGCCUGGUCCAUCUACAAGCACAUCAGCGCCGAUCUGCGAAUGAAGCGCCGAUACCUCACAUAUCAGAUCUACAUUGCACUGUUGAAGUUUGACUUUUUCUUCUUCCUGGGAUUCACCGUCCAAUUCGUCGUGAUCGUCACCAAUCGUCAGGAUGCCGAGUUCCCCCUGACCCUAGCCGCGAUUCCGGUGACGAUUAUCAUCCUGGUGUGUGCGGGUUUCUUCGUGCGUCGCGAAAGCUCCAUCGGCAUGAUUGCCAUCAUCCUUCUCUACUUCGCGGCCAUGGCCUACUUCAUCUUCAAACUGGUCCGCAUCUACGAUCCGCGGACGUAUGCCGAAUAUCUGCCGGCGCAAAAGUCACUCACGUUUUUCGCCGUCAUCACGCUGGUCCUCAUUGUGAUGACCAUUAUCAAUGCGUGCAUGUGUAUGCACAACUUCCACAAGGGACUGAAACCGCACGUCAACAAGAAGAAGGCGGACAAGGAGGCCGAAAAGACGACGGAGCUGUCGUCCAACAUCGCCGGCCAGGUGCCGUCGCGCAUGAUGAUUGAUUGA